AUGUUGGUGUUUCUCGAGUUUUCUUCUCUUGGGCUUAUCAGACUUCCCAGAGAAUAUCUUCCACUUUCUUGCGUGGAAGGUAACGGUAUAGCUGCCAGCCUCUGUGAGGUUUUAAUACUCAUCAUUCAACGUGUGUAUGAUCAUGUGCCCCCAGGCCUCAACUAUUUUUUGAUGAAAGUUCCCAUACCCUCAAGUGGGCAAGUCAUUUUCCAAUGUAAAGACUCUCUUUUCACUCUCUCUCUCCAGGAAAUAUCCUCUGGAAUUAUGCCAAUGUGGAAGAGGGGAUUGAAGGAUUUUCCCACUCAACUUUCACUCAGUCUUCCUUCUAGUCAACCUAUCUCCCAUUCUAGAUGA